AUGGGGAAGAUCAUUUUCUACGAGGACAGGAACUUCCAGGGUCGCAGCUACGAGUGCAGCAAUGACUGCUCCGACCUGCACUCCUACUUCAGCCGCUGCAACUCCAUCCGGGUGGAGAGCGGCUGCUUCAUGGUCUACGAGCGCCCCAACUACAUGGGUCACCAGUACUUCCUCAGGAGGGGAGAGUACCCUGACUACCAGCGUUGGAUGGGCUUCAGCAGCUCUGUCAGAUCCUGCAGAAUGAUCCCGAUGUACAGAGGCUCUUACCGGCUGAGGAUCUAUGAAAAGGCAGACUUCGGCGGUCACAUGAUGGAGUUUAUGGAUGACUGUCCCUGUGUCUCAGAUCGUUUCCACCAUCGCCACGUCUACUCCUGUAAUGUAAUGAAUGGCUUCUGGAUCUUCUACGAGUACCCCAACUACAGGGGACGCCAGUAUUUCCUCAGGCCCGGGGAGUACAGGAGGUAUCGCGAAUGGUGCGCCACGUGUGCGAUUGUGGGCUCUUUCAGACGAGUGACCGAUUUUUAG